AUGUCUGACCAUAGUUCAGCGCACCGUCACCAUGAGCCUCAGGAAGUGAUCAAUGACUGGCCGCCGGCAGGGCAUGAUGAGAAAUAUCCCGAGAAACAUGACGAGGUCGAGAUCAAAAUUAUCAACGGAAACGAAGCGUUUAACGAGGCGAUGCUCAAGGAGCCUCCAAAGCCAUUUACCUUUGCGACAAUGCAACUCUACACGGCCUGCUUCAUCGGCUUUUUCUGCGCGACGAUGAACGGAUACGAUGGGUCCCUAAUUAAUAACCUGUUGGAAAACCAUUGGUUCUUGGAAUACUAUCAUGGCGAAAAUGCGGGUAUUUGGGCUGGACUUGUUACUGCCAUGUACCAGAUUGGCGGUGUUGUCUCUUUGCCCUUCGUUGGGCCUGCCGCCGACGCCUAUGGACGGAGAUUUGGAAUGUGGCUCGGGUGUUUCUUGGUUAUUCUCGGAACAAUCAUCCAGGGAGUGGCGACUCAAGCCAAUGGGACGAAACAGUUUAUGGGAGGUCGCUUUCUAUUGGGUUUUGGGGUCAACAUUGCUUCGGCAGCUGGCCCCAUGUAUGUUGUUGAGGUUUCACAUCCGGCCUAUCGUGGUCUUGUGACGGCCGUUUUCAACUGCUUUUGGUUCACUGGAGCUAUUAUCGCUUCUGGAGUCGCGCGCGGAGGCCUCAAUGCAGGCGGAAACUUAUCUUGGCGCCUGGUGAUCUGGAUUCAACUCAUGUUCUCAAGUUUUAUCUUCCUCCUGGCUUAUUUCCUUCCCGAAUCUCCCAGGUGGCUGUAUGUCAACAACAAGAAAGCCCAAGCUAAGGCUAUGCUCACCAAGUACCAUGGCGAGGGCAACCCAGAGAGCGAGUGGGUCACCCUUCAACUGAAUGAAUACGAGGAACUUCUCGAGAUGGAUGGUGCCGAUAAACGAUGGUGGGAUUAUCGAGCGCUGUUCAAAAACAGGUCAACUUGCUAUCGCCUUUUCUGCAACGUCUGCAUCACAAUCUUUGGUCAAUGGGCAGGCAAUUCCGUGCUAUCGUAUUUCCUCGGCAAAGUCUUGGACACUGUAGGUAUUCAUAGCAACGUCGGCCAAGCAAACAUCACUCUAAUCAACGCCUGCCAACAAUUCCUUUUUGCUUUACUGGGUGCAAACUUGGUCGACCGUGUUGGCCGCCGGCCUUUACUCCUCUUUUCAAACAUUGGUUGCUGUGUUGUUUGGCUUGCGGUCACGAUCUCGACCGCGAUUUACACAAAAUCAAUCCCCCCACUGGAUCCAAACGCCGACCCAACUAUCAAGGUAUACGGCACGAACAAAACAGCUGGAGCCGCCUCCCUAGCUUUCAUCUUCAUCUUUGGAGCAGUCUACUCUGUUGGUUUUACUCCACUUCAAGCUUUGUAUCCCGUCGAAGUCUUGUCCUUUGAGAUGAGGGCAAAGGGUAUGGGAUUCUCUGGUUUCGCAGUUGCUGCUGCUGGAAUGUUGAACCAAUUCGCGUGGCCCGUGUCACUUCAGAAGAUCGGAUGGCAUACUUACAUCAUUUUUACCAUCUGGUGCGGUAUCCAAGCCACCGUAGUCUAUUUCUUCAUCCCAGAAACUAAGAAUCGAACACUCGAGGAGUUAGACGAAAUAUUCAACUCGAAAAAUCCAGUCAAGAAAUCUAUACAGAGGAAACGACUUGGUCUCGAUGCCUAUGGCGACGUGGUCAACAUCAAGGAAGUUUGA